AUGGACCUAGAAGUUACAGCUGAAGAGAGAAAACUACAAAUUCAAGAACUAGAAGAGUUGCGUUUAGAAGCUUAUGAGAAUUCCCGUUUGUAUAAAGAAAGAACUAAAAUUUUACAUGACAAGGGGAUUUUGAGAAAGGUUUUUCAAGAAGGGGACAAGGUACUUCUCUACAAGGCAAGAUUUACUUUCAAACAAGGCAAACUCCAUACAAGCUGGGAUGGACCAUUUGUGGUACUCAAAGCUCAUAAUUUUGGAAUGGUAGAGAUCUUGGAUGAGCAGACUGGACAUGUUCAUAAGGUCAACGGACACUUGUUAAAGCACUAUCAUGCCAAUGACAAGCCACCAUAA